UUCGCUUGCGUCUCAUCUAUGACUGUAAAUCUCUCUGGUUUCUCUCCACAGCUUGUACUUCAGUGACGUCAAAUCAUAGCACUGAGUGUGAGUAUAGAGGAAACUCAGAUCUCGGAUCUAUUCAACAACAUUCAUAGCUGAGCUGCAUCCGUCCAGCAUUGUGCGGCGAAUUUCAAAUUUGGUCACAACCAAGAGAUCCAAAGCCUACAAUGGCGAACACUGUCCAGGGAGAAUCUUCCUCAACCCCUGGUGCUUCUAGCUCAACUCCGAAUUGGAAAUAUGAUGUUUUUCUGAGUUUUAGAGGAGAAGAGAAGUUUACAGAUCACUUGUAUCAUGCUCUUACUAGAAGUGGGAUGAGAACUUUUAGAGAUAAUGAAGGACUUGGGAGAGGAGAAGUUAUAUCACCACAGCUCAUUCAAGCAAUUAAGGUUUCUCGCUGCGCAGUUGUGGUUCUCUCUCAAAAUUAUGCAGAUUCCAAAUGGUGUUUGGAUGAACUACAACAAAUUCUUGAAAGCAUGAACGAAAUGGGUCAACGAGUUUUUCCAAUCUUCUAUGAUGUAGAUCCAUCUGAUGUAAGAAAUCAAAGAAAAAGCUUCAGAGAAGCUCUAGCCAAUCAUGAAAAGAGACUUAGAGGAAACAUGGACAUAGUGCAGGAUUGGAAAAAAGCUUUAUCUGAAAUUGGCACCAUAUCUGGUUGGGACACCAGAAGUCGGCCUGAAGCACAACUUAUCAAAGAAGUAGUUGGAGUAGUAUGAACAUAUUUAUGUUCCAAGUUACCAUCUUAUGAUGAUAAUCUGGUUGGAACAGAGCGAAGAAUGGUCAAUCUAAUGUCACAGUUAGAGAUUUGCGUGGAUGACAUUCGCUUUUUAGGGAUAUGGGGUAUGGGCGGUGUUGGCAAAACAACUCUUGCUAGAGUUGUUUAUGAAAACAUCUUUGAAAGAUUUGAAAUGCAUUGUUUUCUUGCCAAUGUUAGAGAAACUUUGCAAACAAACGGCCUAGUCUCUUUGCAGCAAAGGCUUCUUUCUCAUCUUGGAAUAAACAAUAAAAUUCAUGAUGAUUAUGAAGGAAUGAAGAUGAUAAGAAAGCUUUUCUACUGUAAAAAGGUUCUUCUUGUCCUUGACGAUUUAGAUGCUACGAGUCAAUUAGAGAAGUUGGCUGAAAGUCCACAUUGGUUUGGUAAAGGUAGUAGAAUAAUUAUCACAACAAGAAAGAGUCACGUCCUUACCUCAAUUGGAGGGAAACUAUAUGAGAUGAAAGCCAUGGACAAAGAUGAAUCUCUUCAACUCUUUUCUAAGAAAGCAUUCAAGAAAGAUCAUGCUGAAAAAGAUUAUUUAGAGUUGUCUGAAUCUGUGGUUGCAUAUGCAAGAGGUCUUCCUUUGGCACUUAAAGUUUUGGGUUCUUUUCUUUGCAAAAGAAUUAAAGAUGAGUGGACCGAUACUUUAGAUAAACUAAAGAAAAAUCCAAAUAAAGAUAUUCUACAAAUACUUAAAAUAAGUUAUGAUGGAUUAGAUGAGAAUGAAAAGACAAUAUUUUUGGAUAUUGCUUGCUUUUUCAGGGGAUGGAGAAAAGAUAAAGUGACCCAAGUUUUGGAAGAUUGUGAUCUAAACCCAACAAUUGGAAUAAAGGUCUUGAUUGAAAAAGCUUUAGUUGAAACGAAAGAUCCUUUUUGUGAAAAAUAUCCCACUUUAGAAAUGCAUGAUUUGCUUGAAGAUUUGGGUAGGGAUAUUAUUAUUCGAGAAUCUCCCAAUCCUGGCAACCGUAGCAGGUUGUGGGAGUUUGAGGACAUUAAGGAAGUGUUGGAAAAUAAUAAGGCAUCUGAAGCAAUACAAGCUAUUGUUAUGCGAGGGCAUUAUUCUUGGAACUCAAAAAAAAUAAAAGUGCACCCCAAUGCCUUUUUAAAGAUGAGUUAUAUUAGAUUACUCAUAAUACAGAACUAUGAUGAUCAACUCAUCUUACCAAAGAGAUUGGAACUUUCGAGCGCAUUGAAAGUUGUUUGCUGGCAACAAUUCUCUCUUGAAACUCUCCCACUUUCCUUGGAUAAAAUUGUAGAUAUUGAAAUGCAAUAUAGCAAAGUAAAGCAAUUUUGGAAUGCUACACAGUCAAUGGAAAAGUUGAAACAUAUUGAUCUAAGAUAUUCUCUCAAUUUGAUCGAAACUCCGGACUUCUUAAGUGUUCCAAAUCUAGAACAUUUAUGUCUUAUUGGCUGCAAAUCCCUUGUCAAGGUUCAUACCUCACUUGGAAAGUUGAAAAGACUUGUCAAGGUUGACUUCAGUGAAUGUAUCAUUCUUGAAAUCCUACCAAGAAAAUUAGAAACGAAUUCUUUGGAAAGUUUAGUUCUACGUGGGUGUGGAAAUAUUGUGGUGCUUCCAAAGUUUGGGGAAGACAUGAAGAAACUAUCAUAUCUUGAUGUGAGUGGCACUGCUAUAAUUACAUUUCCGGAAUCACUUGGUUCCUUGACUGGUCUUGAAUAUUUGAAUUUGAGUGGCUACAAGUUGUUGAAGACUCCCAUGAAUUGCCAAAUUUUUGGCUUGAAUCUUAGGUUGUUAAUAGAGUUAUAUUUACACAGUUGUGGCUUAAAUGAUGGAUCAAUUCCUAAUAAUAUUAGUGGUUUAUCAUCACUCAUUGUAUUGGAUCUUAGAGCAAAUGAUUUUGUUAAUCUGCCCACGGGUUGCUUCUCUAGUCUAUUUCGACUUCUCUAUCUUUUUUUGGAUUAUUGUGUAAGACUCAAGUCAUUGCCAAGGCUUCCAGCACAGUUGAUUUGGUUAAGUGCAGUCGAUUGUGAUUCAAUGGAACCUUUAUCAGAUAGACAAUUAUGGUAUUUGGUUACUUCACAUGACCAUGAGGGACAUGCUCCCAUUAAGGGUAUAAUCAAUGUGAAUAACAGUUUAGUAUUGGUGCAGCCGGAAUGUUUGCCCCAAAGAGAUUUUGUUGCAAUUAUGCCAGCUAGAUGCCAAAUACCAUCGUGGUGUACAAAUAAAGAAUAUUAUCCUUUUGCCAAGAAAAGAAAGGAAUGUGAGAUAAUAGUGGACAUACCUCAACAUUUCUAUGAAAGAAAGUGGAUUGGAAUUGUUGUAUGCCUCCAGCAGCAUCAUCAACAUGAGAAUAAUAUUGGGAUGUGGGUGGAGAGUGAUAUGCAAGGAAGAGAUGCAAGAGUGUUGCCAUCUCAAUCAUUUCACCCAACUACCACUGCUUGCUCCUCUUCAUCAGCUCAUGCUUUCACGUACUCUCCUUGA